GGGCGCAUCACCCCGGCCUGAGUCACCCCGCGGCCCCGCAGGUGGCGGAAGGCUAACAAUAGCCCACAAAGGGAGGAUGUCUCCCCCAAGCCUUCCUCCGGGCCCGCCGUCGAGGAAAGCUCCCGGGGGGGGCCGGGCCGGGCCCCACCGGACGCACAGUGGAUGGGCUUCGUCCGGUCGAGGCCGCUCUGCUCAGCGCAGCCCCCGGUGAGCGGGUCGGGGUCCCUGGGGACGGCAGGAGGAAGAGGAGGAGGAUGCGCGGCAUCGUUAGCACGUUUUGUUAAUUAGCAGGACGGAAGCGAAGCGAUGCCUGAUGGUCACCACGGCAACCGCAUGGCGCAUCCUCGAGCAACUUUGGUCGCCGUGACGAUCGCAGCGGCUUCAUGUCAUCGUGUCCCUCCCCAGCCCAGCCCUCUCCGGGGGCUCCCGCACACCCCCUCCGCGUGGGGCGACCCAGGCGAGGGGCUCGGGGUGACGGCGGCCUGGCCGGGAGCAUCAGUGACACGAACGCGCCCGGCCUCGGCUCGGUGCCGUUCACGGGGACGGGGCGGUGGCGAUGCCACCCGCUCCCGCCGUCGCCUCCCGCCUCCUCCGGGCCCCGCGCUGCGGUCGUGGUGCCACCUCGUGGCCGACGGCUCCGCGGUGACGCUGCGGGACGGUCCCCGCGGGUGGCAUCGCUGAGCGGCGCGGUACGUCGACGGCGAGCCCCGUUCCUCAAGCGGCUCCUCGUUUAUUUACUGUAGGACCUACCCCGCGUCCCGCAGCUGCGUCCCGCCGCUCUUCUCCCCCGGGUGGGGCCGCACCUCCCCCGAAGGUCCCCGGCACCCACCGCAACCGCGCUGCACGGGGCCCGUCCUACGGGGAUGUCCCCGUAGCGGGAGGACUCGUCCCUUCGCUGCAGGUGACCUCGGGAGCCGAGCUCGGCCCCUUCCCCAUCGCGGGGCUGGAGGACCCCGGCUCUGUGCCCUCACCCCGUGCUGCUCGUUGUCAUUUCCCUCCAGGCCGAUGGCGCGGGCAGGGGGAGCGGGAUGCCACCACGACCCGUCCCCGCACGCCGGCCCCAACCCGGGGAGCACUGCUGGGAGAGGGCUCCCGGGGUCGCGGGGCGGCGCGGCACCCCCAGGUUCGUGCAAGCGGGGACGUGCCAGGCUGAGCUGGCACGGCCGCGUUUCUGCCUCCAGGAGAUCUUUGGACUUUGUGCUGGUUCAGCUGUUUGCUGUUAUCUGGUUAUCUAUAAAGCAGAAGGGUUCGGUGAAGAGGACAACGACCCCCAGUAUCUGCCCGGGGCCUUGGCAUCCCUCCACCCUGGGGGCAAAGGCGCAGGAGGAGGGCCCUGUCACUCCCCAGCGCCGCCAAACGUCCCCUCCAUGUCCCGCGGCGUGGGGACAGCCAUGCCGCCCUCCCGCUGGACCGCAGCCUGGCUGCUCCUGCUGCAGGGUUGCUCCAUGGGAUGCUCGCAGCCCGCCGCCUCCCCCAGGACCGACAUCCGGGACUGCUCCGUGGACCCACCGUACCUGCCCCCCACGGUCACCAACACCUCGGCGCGGCUCGCCGCUCUGCGGGACACCAUGCGUGCCCAUAACGUCCACGCCUACAUCGUGCCCUCCACGGAUGCCCACAUGAGCGAGUACAUCUCCGAGCGGGACGCCCGCCUGGGCUGGAUCACCGGUUUCACUGGCUCCGCAGGCACCGGCGUGGUGACGCAGGACAGGGCGGCUCUGUGGACUGACAGCCGCUACUGGACGCAGGCAGAGCGGCAGCUGGACUGCAACUGGGAGCUGCAGCGGACCACCUGGAUUGAGUCCAUCGGGACGUGGAUCAUGGAGGUGGUCCCUGCGGGGGGGAACGUCAGCCUGGACCCCUUCCUCUUCUCCAUCGACACGUGGCACAGCUACAGGCAGGCCCUGCAGGGCUCCAGCAUCAACCUCCUGCCCAUGGAGACCAACCUCGUGGACCAAGUGUGGGGCAACCAGAGACCCCCCCCACCUUCCAGCAGCAUCUACAGCCUCCCAGAGGAAUUCACAGGGAGCAGCUGGCAGGAGAAGGUGUCCGGGAUCCGGCAGCAGAUGGAGGAGCACACGCAGAGACCCACGGCCCUGCUGCUCUCAGGGCUGGAGGAGACAGCCUGGCUCUUCAACCUCCGCGGAGACGACAUCCCCUACAACCCCGUCUUCUACUCCUACACGCUCCUGACCACCACCAACAUCAGCCUGUUCGUGGACACGGUGCGCCUGACGGCGGAGGCUCAGCGGUCAUUGCGCUCCGGCUGCCCGGGGCCGCUCUGCGUGGAGCUGUGGGACUACGGGCAGGUGAGCGCCCACCUCCACCGCUAUGCUCAGGGCAACGUCACCAUCUGGCUGGGCACCGAGUACACCACCUACGGCCUCUACAGCAUCAUCCCCCAGGAGAAGCUGCUGGAGGACAGCUACUCCCCGGUGAUGCUCGCCAAGGCCGUGAAGAACGCCAAGGAGCAGGAGCUGCUGAGGGCGGCUCAUGUUCGGGACGCGGUGGCUGUCAUCCAGUACCUGCUGUGGCUGGAGAAGAUGGUGCCGCAGGGGCAGGUGGAUGAGUUUUCGGGUGCCCGCCACAUCGAUGCCCUCCGCUGGGUGCAGCAGCACAGCCGUGGGCCCAGCUUCGAGUCCAUCUCUGCCAGCGGGCUCAACGCGGCGCUCGCACAUUACAGCCCAGCCAACGGCAGCAGCCGGCAGCUGUCAGUGGAUGAGAUGUACCUGGCGGACACCGGCGGGCAGUAUCUGGACGGCACCACGGACAUCACACGCACCGUGCACUGGGGCACGCCGACCCCGCUGCAGAAGGAAGCCUACACCCGCGUGCUGAUGGGCAACAUCGACCUCUCCCGCCUCAUCUUCCCACCCAACACAGCUGGGAGAACAGUGGAGGCCUUCGCCCGCCGGGCGCUCUGGGACGUGGGGCUCAACUAUGGCCAUGGAACCGGGCACGGCAUCGGCAACUUCCUCUCGGUGCACGAAUGGCCGGUGGGCUUCCAGUCCAACAACGUGCCGCUGGCAGCGGGCAUGUUCACGUCCAUCGAGCCCGGCUACUACCGGGACGGUGAGUUCGGCAUCCGCAUUGAGGACACCGUGCUGGUGGUGGAGGCUCAGACCAAGCACCCGACGGGGGAGAAGCCCUUCCUGACCUUCGAGGUGGUGUCCCUGGUGCCCUACGACCGCAACCUCAUCGACGUCAGCCUCCUGUCGCAGGAGCAGAUCCAGUACCUGAAUGCCUACUACGAGACCAUCCGAGCACGCGUGGGGCCGGAGCUGCAGCGGCAGCAGCUGGAGGAGGAGUACAGCUGGCUGCAGCGCAACACAGAGCCCUUCCUGCUGAGCAGUGCCCCUGCUGCCACGACUGCCGCGCUGGGCACGCUGGCCGUCACCUCCCUCAUCUCCGUGCUGCUGGCCGAGCUGCAGGCCUGACCCCGCCACCAACAGCCGGGGACGUUUCUUCUCCCUGCUGCUCACUU